CCUUUAUUGGACCAUCACAUUCUCCUUUCAUGCCUCUGUUGUCUUCUCUCACAAGAACCACCCAACCCUAAUAAUAAUAUAUAUUUGCAAUAUCUCUUUAUAAAACGUUCUGCACAAAGCAGAAGAUUGAGAGAGAGAGAGAGAGAGAGAUGGAGAAGAUGAGGGGACAUGUAUUAGCAGUGCCAUUCCCAAGCCAAGGACACAUCACCCCGAUUCGCCAAUUCUGCAAACGGCUUCACGCCAAAGGUUUCAAAACCACUCACACUCUCACCACUUUCAUCUUCAACACAAUCCACCUCGACCCAUCUAGUCCUAUCUCCAUAGCCACAAUCUCCGACGGCUACGACCAAGGAGGCUUCUCAUCAGCCGGUUCGGUCUCUGAGUACCUCCAAAACUUCAAGACCUUCGGCUCCAAAACCGUUGCUGAUGUCAUCCGCAAGCACCAGAAUACUGAUAACCCCAUCACUUGUAUCGUCUACGAUUCUUUCAUGCCUUGGGCACUUGACCUUGCAAGGGAGUUCGGUUUAGUUGCUGCUCCUUUCUUCACGCAGUCUUGCGCCGUCAACUAUAUCAAUUACCUUUCUUGCACUAACAAUGGAAGCUUGACACUUCCCAUCAAGGAUUUGCCUCUUCUUGAGCUCCAAGAUCUGCCUACUUUCGUCACUCCUACUGGCUCCCACCUUGCUUACUUUGAGAUGGUGCUUCAACAGUUCACCAACUUCCAAAAAGCUGAUUUCGUACUCGUUAAUUCCUUCCAUGACCUUGACCUUCAUGAAGAGGAGUUGUUGUCGAAAGUUUGUCCUGUGUUGACAAUUGGUCCAACUGUUCCAUCAAUGUACUUAGACAAACAGAUCAAAUCAGACAACGACUAUGAUGAGUGGCUAGACUCAAGGCCACAAGGGUCGGUGGUAUACAUAGCUUUUGGGAGCAUGGCUAAACUGAGUAGCGAGCAGAUGGCAGAGAUUGCUUUGGCAGUCAGCAACAUCAGCUACCUGUGGGUGGUCAGGGCUUCAGAGGAGGCAAAGCUCCCGCCAGGGUUUCUUGAAACAGUGGAUAAAGACAAGAGCUUGGUAUUGAACUGGAGUCCCCAGCUUCAAGUUCUGUCACACAAAGCCAUCGGUUGUUUCAUGACUCAUUGUGGCUGGAACUCAACCAUGGAGGGUUUGAGUUUAGGGGUUCCAAUGGUGGCUAUGCCUCAGUGGACUGAUCAACCCAUGAAUGCAAAGUAUAUUCAAGACGUGUGGAAGGUUGGGGUUCGUGUGAAAGCAGAGAAAGAAAGUGGGAUUGCCAAAAGAGAGGAGAUUGAGUUGAGCAUCAAGGAAGUGAUGGAAGGAGAGAAGAGCAAAGAGAUGAGGGAGAACGCGAAGAAAUGGAGUGACUUGGCUGUGAAGUCACUCAGUGAAGGAGGCUCUACAGAUAUCAACAUUAACGCCUUUGUAUCGAAAAUUCAAAUCAAAUAAGAUUUUAUAUGCUUUUAAAAAUGUCCUAAUGGAUAUUUGAUAUAUUUCAUUCGAUAAAACCCUUUGGGUCGUGCGUGUUGUU